AAUACGUCCCCCUGGGUUUUCAUUUGUUCUUCCUCCAUUGCUUUCCACUUGGCCAGCCAUGUCAUGAGGRAAAAAUAGCGAAAGGAAGAACUGUUUUGUAAUCUUAUCUACCUUGUACUGAAAUUUAGGCCAUUUUUUCUCCGGUUACGACCAUUUUAAAGACUGAUUGUUGUAGGAAUCGGAGGAAGUAUUUUGGUAUUGUAACAACGAUUAUUCCUGGCUGUCAUCGGUCUAUACGAGAUUGACAAAGUUUUUGAGCUCUGACAAGGACCGACAGCUGGCCUAUAAAGAACACAUCUUUUAGCCUGAACGGAAAAAUUAAGCGAAGCCUUCAUCAAGUUAAGAUCAUCAGUGCUAAAAAGGAAACAGAAAGCUAAAACAGGCGACAAGAAGUGUCGCUGUCGUGUGACACAGCACGAACUUCCAAGAUGAAGUUCUGGAGCCAACUAAAGCUUCUUCUUUGGAAAAACUUUACUCUGCGAAAACGUCAAACGGCAAGAAAUGUUAUAGAAAUACUAUGGCCAUUAGUGUUGUUCUUCAUCCUUGUGGCAGUAAGGACCAAACGACCACCAACUGCCAGACAAAACAUCUACUAUCGACCAAGAGCCAUGCCUUCUGCUGGUCUGAUUCCAUUCAUGCAAUCAUUCUUGUGUGAUUUUCGAGGGACAGGUCUGAAUUAUUCCGAUGCAAUUCAGAGUGAUUUACCUAACCUGCAAAACUCAAGCUUUGCAAGAUUUCUAGAAGAUGCAUUUCCUAUCAUUCAAAACAGUACACUUAGAGACAGAGUUCUAAGGUUAGGCCAAGACUACCAGAAWUAUAUCAGAGAUGAAAGUCAAUGGAUGAAAUUGUGGAAUCAGUACCAAAACUUAACUGAUAUUACAA